GGACACUCCAGGGAGGCCGGGGGGCGGGCGGCGGGCGGGCAGCGCUCACCGCCUUCUGGCGCACCAGCCCGGAGGGAGGGGGCUGCCUCUCGAGCCAGAACUGCAACGUCAAACAUCCCGGGAACCACCUCAGCCGCCCCCCGCCCCGGGCCCGCGGCGGCACGGAGCAUGGACGCGGUGCUGCUAGAGCACUUCCCCGGGGGCCUGGACGCCUUCCCGUCUCCUUACUUUGACGAGGAGGACUUCUUCACCGACCAGUCCUCUCGGGACCCGCUGGAGGACGGCGAUGAGCUGCUGGCGGACGAGCAGGCGGAGGUGGAGUUCCUCAGCCACCAGCUGCACGAGUACUGCUACCGCGACGGGGCGUGCCUGCUGCUGCAGCCCGCGCCCUCGGCGGCCCCGCACGCGCUCGCCCCGCCGCCCUCGGGGGGCCCCGGCGAGCCGGAGGACGGCGGCGGCGGCUACUGCUGCGACGCAGGGGCGCCCCCCGGCGGCUUCCCCUACUCGCCCGGCUCGCCGCCCGCGUGCCUGGCCUACCCGUGCGCGGGGGCGGCCGUGCUGUCCCCCGAGGCCCGGCUGCGGGGCCUGAGCGGGGCGGCGGCGGCGGCGGCGGCGGCGGCGCGGCGGCGGCGGCGGGUGCGCUCCGAGGCCGAGCUGCAGCAGCUGCGGCAGGCGGCCAACGUGCGCGAGCGGCGGCGCAUGCAGUCCAUCAACGACGCCUUCGAGGGGCUGCGCUCGCACAUCCCCACGCUGCCCUACGAGAAGCGCCUCUCCAAGGUGGACACGCUGCGCCUGGCCAUCGGCUACAUCAACUUCCUCAGCGAGCUGGUGCAGGCCGACCUGCCGCUGCGCGGCGGCGGCGCGGGCGGCGGCGGGGGGCCGGGCGGCGGCGGGCGCCUGGGCGGGGACAGCCCGGGCAGCCAGACCCAGAAGGUCAUCAUCUGCCAUCGGGGCACCCGGUCCCCCUCCCCCAGCGACCCGGAUUAUGGCCUCCCUCCCCUGGCAGGACACUCCCUCUCAUGGACUGACGAGAAGCAACUCAAAGAACAAAAUAUUAUCCGAACAGCCAAAGUGUGGACCCCAGAGGACCCCAGAAAACUCACCAGCAAAUCUCCCUUCAACAACAUAGAAAACGAACCGCCUUUUGAGUUUGUGUCCUGAGAAGCCCCAGACCCGCCUGAGGAUCUGAUUCUGUCUCUGUGCAUAUUGUACAUGUAAAUAUCAAUAAUGUAAUUUAAGAAUCACAUUUUUCUAAAGGCAAUCAACUGUUUGUUAUUUAUCUAUUUAUUAUCCUGUCGAGUUAAUGAAAUAGACGAUCUCUUUUUAAGUAUAUAAUUUAUAUAAUUUAUCCUGAUUUUCUGAAAAUAUGCAAUAGCCUGUGAUUUCCCCCCCAGCACCUUUGGCAGAACUCUGCGUUGUUGGAAGAACUCUGGCCGGACAACUUCAUGCUAAUUUAUUGCCAGAUAUGGUUUAUUUCUAAGCGAUGUUAAUAAAUGCUAUUUACACUUUU